AUCCAGCGCCUUUCCAGGUCUCUCUCCCGGUGAACCGGAUGCGCUGUCAGUCUCCUCCUCCGUGUCCUCGGCCUCCACCCAGCUCCUUCGCUGAGCCGCUGCCACCCCGAGGCCCCAACCAGGAGGCUCCCGGCGGCUGGCCUGGCAGGUGUGGGGCGCAGUAGGAGCUGGGCGCUCACGGUUACCGCGCGUGGAGGAGACACUGCCCUGCGGCGAUGGGUGCCCGGGCCUCUCCUUCACGCCGGAGACAGGCGGGGCGGCGGCUGCGGUACCUGCCCACCGGGAGCUUUCCCUUUCUCCUCCUCCUGCUGCUUCUCUGCAUUCAGCUCGGGGGAGGACAGAAGAAAAAAGAGAAUCUUUUGGCUGAAAAAGUAGAACAGCUGAUGGAAUGGAGUUCUAGGCGUUCAAUCUUCCGAAUGAAUGGUGAUAAAUUCCGAAAAUUUAUAAAGGCACCACCUCGAAACUAUUCUAUGAUUGUUAUGUUCACUGCUCUACAGCCUCAGCGGCAGUGUUCUGUUUGCAGGCAAGCUAAUGAAGAAUACCAAAUAUUGGCUAACUCCUGGCGCUAUUCAUCUGCUUUUUGUAACAAACUGUUUUUCAGUAUGGUGGACUAUGAUGAAGGAACAGAUGUUUUUCAACAGCUCAACAUGAACUCUGCUCCUACAUUUAUGCAUUUUCCUCCGAAAGGCAGACCCAAGAGAGCUGAUACUUUUGACCUUCAAAGAAUUGGAUUUGCAGCUGAACAGCUAGCAAAGUGGAUUGCUGACAGAACAGACGUUCAUAUUCGUGUUUUCAGACCACCGAACUACUCUGGUACCAUUGCUUUGGCCCUGCUGGUGUCACUUGUUGGUGGUUUGCUCUAUUUAAGAAGGAACAACUUGGAGUUCAUCUAUAAUAAAACUGGUUGGGCCAUGGUAUCUUUGUGUAUAGUCUUUGCUAUGACAUCUGGCCAAAUGUGGAAUCAUAUUCGUGGACCUCCAUAUGCUCAUAAGAACCCACACAAUGGACAAGUGAGCUACAUUCAUGGGAGCAGCCAGGCUCAAUUCGUGGCGGAGUCACACAUUAUUCUGGUACUGAAUGCUGCUAUCACCAUGGGAAUGGUUCUUCUAAAUGAAGCAGCAACUUCCAAAGGAGAUGUUGGAAAAAGACGGAUAAUUUGCCUAGUGGGAUUAGGCCUGGUGGUCUUCUUCUUCAGUUUUCUACUUUCAAUAUUUCGUUCCAAGUACCACGGCUAUCCUUAUAGCUUUUUAAUUAAAUGAAGCCAAGUGGGAGUUGCAUAAAGUGAAUGUUUACCACGAAGAUAAACUGUUCCUGACAUUAAAAUAUUUGUACUUCUUGAGUUCAUUUCUUUGUCAAUUGUGAUAAGCUAGCUUAUUCUUGUAUACUUUUUUAAAACUGUGGGUUUUCCUAGUAAAUUUAAUUUAUAGAAAUAGAUGGUAGCAUUUAGUAAUCUACAAGAGAAACAGUGUUUUUCAAGCAUAUUCAGUGUAUGCCACAGGACUGAAAUAAGUGACAAUGUAACUAU